UAUUGGAAUACAAUACAGGAUCACUUGAUUUUGUUGAUAGUGGGAAAGCAUGCUGAAAAGACGGUGUCGUCUCCAAGGAAACCAUUGACAACAACCUCGUGAGAAAGUACGAUCCAAGAGCAAGGAAACAAAACAAAUGCAGUUGCAUAUCCAUUUCCUUCCAAAUUGCACGUCGAUGAUCCUUAAAAAAUCCACCAGAAGACAAUGGAAAACCAAAGGAGGGCUAAAAGCGCCAAUCCUGCGUUCACGUAUUUUACAAAAAGUACCCCAAAUAAAAACGCAGAGUUGAACGCACGUUCGAUGAAAUCCAACUUCAAGAGCAGGCCAAAUCAACAUAUCGCCCCUGUGGAAAACAUAAAGGAAAUACAGCAAAAGCUUAAGGAGGAGCGGGAAGCAAAGCGCGCCCAGCUGGAUGGCAGGCAUGACUACGUGCUGGCGACUGUGGCGUCCUGCCUGGGCCUGGAGAGAGGAGACAUAGAGGACGCCAUUCUGGAGGGGACUCAGAUUGACCGCAUGGAUCGCUUUUUUGCUGCGGGGGGGCUUCCUCACAUUAUGUUUUAUUAUCAAGAUGUGGAGCCAGCAGAAGCUGCAUCAACAUCUGCUGCAGCCAGUUCAUCCGUAGGCAAAAACAAGAAGCCUAAAGUGUUUCUGACAGAAGGCAGAGAUGUGGCACUAAGUGGGGUGUGUGUCUUUUUCACAAGAGCCAACGUUUCCAAAGCCAUUACAUCAGAAAAUGUACACAGGGAUGUGAACUUCAACAUGCUGGACACAACAGAAGUUGGCCUGCUAAAGAGUGUGGAGCAACUGCUGUCUGAAAUCUUUAUUCCCACUCUGAAGAAGAUGAAUUAUGGCUGGGGAGAUUUAGCAAGCCCCCAGGCAGCAUCUGUCAGACAGGACUUCCUUAGUUCUCUUGACAGCUUUGUGGCUGUGCUUAUUGGGGCCCAAGAGAGCUUAAUGGAAAAGGUGAAUCUAAAAGAGUGUGAGACUUACGAUUUGAAAACUCUCAAAGGACCAUCCGACUUCAUUGCUGUAGCCAACAGCACAGAGGCUCUGGAAAAGAUCGAGGCGUGUAUAAAAGUGUGGAUCAAACAAAUAGAACAGGUCCUUGCAGAGAGUGACCAGCUGAGAAAGGAGGCGGAUGACCUUGGGCCGCGGGCAGAGCUGGACCACUGGAAGAAACGCAUGUCCAGGUUCAACUACUUGCUAGACCAGCUGAAGAGUCCAGAUGUCAAGGCAGUGUUAGGAGUGCUCACUGUGGCUAAAUCAAAGCUCCUCAAGACCUGGCGUGAGCUGGAUACUCGCAUCACAGACUCAGCCAAUGAAGCCAAGGACAAUGUGAAGUAUCUCUACACUCUGGAGAAAUUCUGCGAUCCUCUAUACAACAGUGACCCAGUUUCAAUGGUUGAGGCCAUCCCAGGUCUCAUUAAUGCCAUUCGUAUGAUUCACAGUAUUUCACGCUACUACAACACCUCUGAGAAGAUCACAUCUUUGUUUGUGAAGGUAACAAACCAAAUGAUAACCGCAUGCAAAGCCUAUAUUACACAAAAUGGAACUGCCACCAUAUGGGACCAGCCUCAAGAAAUCAUGGCAGAGAAACUCAAAGCUGCUGUUCGGUUAAAUGAGGAGUACCAGCACUGCUUCCACAAGACCAAGCAGAAACUGGAAGAGAGCCCCUCUGAGCGUCAGUUUGAUUUCAGCGAGAUGUACAUCUUUGGUAAAUUUGACACCUUUCAGCGCCGCCUCAACAAAAUCCUCGGCAUGUUUGACACCAUCAAAACAUACUCUGCCCUGCAGGACUCAAAAAUGGAAAGCUUAGAAACUAUGUCAACUAAGUUCCAGGGCAUUGUAUUGACUAUGAAGAAAAAGCAAUACAAUUUCUUAGAUCAGAGAAAAACUGAUUUUGACCAGGAUUAUGUUGACUUUUGCAAGAGUACAAAUGAUCUUCAUAAUCAAUUGAAGACUUUCAUGGAUACCUCAUUCGAAAAAAUACAGAAUACUCAGAGAGCCUUGAUUGUGCUGAAAAAAUUUGAAAGACUUGGCAUCCCAGACCUCGGCAUUGAUGAUAAGUACCAGAGAAUCCUUCAGAACUAUGGCCGUGACAUUGAGAUGGCAUCCAAGAUAUACACUAAGCAGAAGAAUGAGCCCCCCAUUGCACGAGACCUGCCCCCUGUCUCUGGGAGGAUCAUGUGGGCUCGUCAGCUGUUCCAUCGCAUACAGGAGCCCAUGGAUCUCUUCCAGCAGCAUCCCAGUGUUCUGCAGACUCCGGAAGCGAAGCGCAUCAUCCGCAACUACAAUAAAGUGGCCAAGGUGCUGCUGGAGUUCGAAGUCCUCUAUCACAGAGGGUGGCUCAGACAGAUCGAAACUGCUAAGGCAGGCCUGCAGGCGUCUUUGCUGGUGAAGUCCUCUGAAACUGGCGAGCUUUUUGUCAACUUUGACCCUCAGAUACUCACUUUAAUUCGGGAGACAGACUGCAUGAGCAGAAUGGGUUUGGAAAUUCCACCAUUUGCUGCAGCACUUCAACAGAAGCAAGACCUUUUGAAGAAGAACUGCAACAAAUUACAGAUGGUUCUUACGGAGAAUACCAGAGUGAGGUCCAAACUGCCCAGUGCCUUUAGGCAGCUUGCUGCAUCCCAUCUAGCUAAAGUGGAUGAAGCCAUCCAGCCAGGUUUAACUUCACUCAACUGGAGUUCUUUAAACAUUGAAAAAUAUUUAAAUGGAAUUAUUUCUGCACUUGCUGAAUUGGAGCUGCUGCUGGACCGUGUGAACGAUCUGGUGGAGUUCCGGAUUGAUGCGGUACUGCAGGAAAUGAGCACAGCACCGCUGUGUAAACUCCCAGACGAUGAACCCUUCACUUGUGAGGAGUUUGUCCAGAUGACUAAGGAGCUGUGCAUAAAGGGUGCUCAGAGGUUACAAACUAAAAGUUCCCUGGUAGAAGAAGCAGCCAAUGAACUUAUUAACAUGCUUCUGGAUUUUGAACCCCAAAACAAGGAAAGAGAGGAGAAACCCAAUGAUGAAAGCAGAGAUGAAAGUAAAAUUGCCAGUGAAGAGAGUGAAGAUGAAGAUGAUGGGAAAUCCGAAAACAGGCUUUUCUCUCGCAACACAAACCAAGGUAGCACAGGUCCCCCCUCUCCUUUGGCAAAGAAAAAGAAGAAAAACAUUGCAGAAAUCCUGGAGGAAGAGGCACAUGAGCUGCUCUCCCAUUUCAACCACCGCAACGUGGAAGCGCUGCUCAGAGUCACCCGCAACUCACUGGAGACUCUCCGCAAGCGCAUCCACAUCUCCUCCAUCAUUCACUUUCUGGAAGGCGAUUCUUCAAACAAACAGAAAAGCACUGGACAGCCCAUCUUCAGAACAAACAUCACCUUGUCCAUCCCAAACAUCACCAUGGUCCCCGCACUGGAUGAGGUGCAGCAGGCCCUGAACAGGGUGGUCGAGUACAUUGUUAGUGUCAGCAAGGGGGUUGGCCAGUGGAGCAAAGAAAGAAUUUCCAAGCACAAGAUGAGUGAAAGGAGGAUUGCUGCUUUGAGGCGUGACAGCAGAGACAGCGACUCUGAGGAGGGGGACACCCUACAUAGAAGUGCCACUGAUGGCAGUACAUCUGACAUAUCAGUGUCUGUGAACCACACAUUCUGUUUUCAGUCCAGGAACUAUUACAAGACUGUGUCUGAAAAUAAAGAAAUUGUUAAACUGGUUUCUGUCCUGAGCACAUCCAUUAAUUCCACAAAAAAGGAAGUUAUGACAGCACUGGAACGCUUCAGUUGUUAUCACCACAUCUGGCAAAAGGAGAGAGAAGAAACCAUUCAGAAAUUCAUAAUGGGAAGCCCUCUUCUAUCAGAGUUUGAGUCACAGAUUCUGUACUACAGAGACUUAGAACUGGAGAUCAAUGCCGAGCCUGAGUUUGUUACUGUUGGAGCCCUAGCCCUUUACACAGAUGAACUGAAGUUGGCUCUGACGACAGAGACUAAGGCUUGGAUGGUAGACUUUGGGCGCCAUUGCAACAGGAAGUACAGGUCUGAGAUGGAUAACAUUUUUACUUUUGUGGAAGAGGCCAGCAAAAAACUGAACCGGCAGAUAAAGGAUUUAGAUGACAUCAGAAUAGCCAUGACAGCCUUAAAGGAGAUAAGAGAGCAUCAGAUUGCCAUUGAUUUUCAAGUCAGUCCUAUAGAGGAGUCUUAUGCCAUGCUCAAUAAGUAUGACCUCCUGGUAGCAAAAGAAGAGGUAGAGAAGGUGGACACAUUACGCUACACCUGGGAAAAGCUGUUGGUCAGGGGCACAGAGGUACAAAAUGAACUGGUGUCUCUACAACCCAACUUUAGAGGAGAGCUCAUCAGUAAUGUGCAGACCUUUGUGGAAGACUGUGAUCACUUUUAUAAGGAAUAUGAAAAGGAUGGUCCAAUGGUUGUUGGACUGGCACCUCAAGAUGCCAGUGACAGACUCAUCAUGUUUCAGAAUCGCUUUGACAAUCUGUAUCGCAAGUACAUCACCUACACUGGGGGUGAGGAGCUGUUUGGACUGCCAGUGACCCAGCACCCCCAGCUGCUGGAGAUAAAGAAACAGCUCACCCUGCUGCAGAAGCUGUAUGGCCUUUACAGCAAUGUCAUUGACACUGUGAACGGCUACUACGACAUCCUGUGGUCCGAUGUCAACAUUGAGAAGAUCAAUAAUGAGCUUUUAGAUUUUCAAACUCGGUGCCGCAAACUUCCUCGGGCACUUAAAGAGUGGCAGGCUUUCCUUGAUCUCAAGAAGACCAUUGACGACUUCAAUGAGUGCUGCCCCCUGCUGGAACUAAUGGCCAAUAAAGCCAUGAUGGCGCGACACUGGAAGAGGAUAACAGAAGUAACAGGGCACAGCUUUGAUGUAGAAAGCGACACUUUCAAGCUUAGAAAUAUAAUGGAAGCUCCUCUUUUAAAGUGUAAAGAAGAAAUAGAGGAUAUAUGUAUCAGUGCUGUCAAGGAACGGGAUAUUGAACAGAAGUUGAAGCAAGUGAUAGCAGAGUGGGACAACAAGACCUUCACAUUUGCAAACUUUAAAACCCGUGGUGAACUGCUGUUAAGAGGAGACAGUACAUCAGAGAUCAUUGCUAACAUGGAGGACAGCUUAAUGAUUUUAGGCUCAUUAAUGAGUAACAGAUACAACACUCCGUUUAAGGCACAGAUUCAGAAAUGGGUGCAAAACCUUUCAAACACCACUGACAUAAUAGAGAAUUGGAUGACAGUUCAAAAUCUCUGGAUUUAUUUGGAAGCUGUGUUUGUAGGUGGAGACAUAGCAAAGCAACUUCCUAAGGAGGCGAAAAGGUUCUCCAACAUUGACAAGUCAUGGGUAAAAAUAAUGACACGGGCUCACGAGAUGCCAAAUGUAGUACAAUGCUGUGUGGGAGAUGAAACUAUGGGGCAGCUGCUGCCACAUCUUUUGGAACAGUUAGAGAUUUGUCAGAAGUCUCUCACAGGCUACCUUGAAAAGAAACGUCUCCUGUUCCCCCGGUUUUUCUUUGUGUCUGAUCCUGCACUUCUUGAAAUUCUGGGGCAGGCUUCAGAUUCUCAUACAAUUCAGGCCCAUCUGUUGAAUGUCUUUGAUAACAUAAAAACGGUUAGAUUUCAUGAUAAGGUUUAUGACCGAAUCCUUGCCAUCUGUUCCCGGGAGGGAGAAACGGUUGAACUUGACAGGCCUGUGAUGGCCGAGGGCAAUGUGGAAAUAUGGCUCAAUGCUCUGCUCAAGGAAUCCCAGAGAUCCUUGCAUCUUGUAAUUAAACAAGCGGCUGUUAGUAUCCAGGAUUCCAGUUUUCAGCUCAUAGAAUUUCUCAACUAUUUCCCAGCUCAGAUUGGUUUGCUUGGGAUUCAAAUGAUCUGGACAAGAGAUUCAGAAGAGGCUUUAACUAAUGCUAGAUAUGACCGGAAGAUCAUGACAAAGACAAACCAGUCCUUCUUGGAGCUACUGAACACACUAAUUGAUAUGACAACAAAGGACCUCAGUCCAGUGGAGCGCAUAAAAUAUGAGACCCUCAUCACUAUACACGUGCACCAGAGGGAUAUCUUUGAUGACCUGUGUCGAUUGCAUAUCAAAAGCCCCAGUGACUUUGAAUGGCUGAAACAGUGCCGUUUCUAUUUCAAUGAAGACUCUGACAAGAUGCUCAUUAACAUCACGGAUGUUGGGUUUAUCUACCAAAACGAGUUCCUGGGCUGUACUGACAGACUGGUCAUUACUCCACUCACUGACAGGUGCUACAUCACCCUGGCUCAGGCUCUGGGCAUGAGUAUGGGAGGGGCCCCAGCAGGCCCUGCAGGCACCGGGAAGACAGAGACCACAAAGGACAUGGGCCGCUGUCUUGGGAAAUAUGUGGUUGUUUUCAACUGCUCUGACCAGAUGGACUUCAGAGGCCUUGGAAGAAUCUUCAAAGGACUUGCUCAGUCGGGUUCCUGGGGCUGCUUUGAUGAAUUCAACCGGAUUGACCUUCCAGUUCUGUCUGUUGCUGCCCAGCAGAUUGCCAUUGUUCUGACUUGCAAAAAGGAGCGCAAGAAGAACUUCGUUUUCACAGAUGGUGACAACGUUGAAAUGAACCCUGAAUUUGGAAUUUUCCUUACCAUGAACCCGGGAUAUGCUGGUCGUCAAGAGCUUCCUGAGAAUUUGAAGAUCAAUUUCCGCUCUGUUGCCAUGAUGGUUCCUGAUCGACAAAUCAUUAUUCGAGUCAAGCUGGCGAGCUGUGGGUUUAUUGACAAUAUUGAAUUGGCCAGGAAGUUCUUCACUUUAUACAAACUUUGUGAAGAGCAGCUCUCAAAGCAGGUGCAUUAUGAUUUUGGUCUUCGAAACAUUUUGUCUGUGUUGCGUACGCUGGGGGCAGCAAAACGAGCAAAUCCAAAUGACACCGAAUCUACGAUUGUCAUGCGUGUCCUGAGAGAUAUGAACUUGUCUAAAUUAAUUGAUGAAGAUGAGCCUCUCUUUUUGAGUCUAAUUGAAGAUCUAUUCCCUGGCAUCCAACUGGACAAAGCAGGCUACCCAGAACUGGAAACAGCUAUUGAUAGACAGGUUGCAGAAGCUGGUCUUAUUAGUCAUCCUCCUUGGAAACUCAAAGUCAUCCAGCUGUUUGAAACCCAGAGAGUCCGACAUGGGAUGAUGGCCUUGGGACCGAGCGGGGCUGGGAAAACCGCCUGCAUUCACACCUUGAUGAGAGCCAUGACAGAUUGCGGCCAGCCUCACCGGGAGAUGCGCAUGAACCCUAAGGCCAUCACUGCGCCUCAGAUGUUUGGCCGCCUGGACGUAGCCACUAAUGACUGGACUGAUGGCAUCUUCUCCACUUUAUGGAGGAAAACUCUGAGGGCAAAGAAAGGAGAGCACAUCUGGAUUGUCCUGGAUGGUCCUGUUGAUGCUAUUUGGAUUGAGAAUCUCAACUCGGUGUUGGAUGACAACAAAACCCUUACCUUGGCUAAUGGUGACCGUAUCCCUAUGGCCGCCAACUGCAAGAUUGUUUUUGAACCACACAAUAUUGACAAUGCCUCUCCAGCCACUGUGUCUCGUAAUGGCAUGGUCUUCAUGAGCUCUUCAGUUCUCAACUGGAGUCCCAUCCUAGAGGGCUGGUUGAAAAAACGGUCUCUACAGGAGGGAAAUGUUUUGAGGGAGCUAUACUCGUCAUCUUUCCUAGAACUCUUCAGAUUCAGUGUGCAAUCGUUGGAGUACAAGAUGGAGAUGUUGGAGGCCUUUGUAAUCAUGCAGAGCAUCAGUAUGCUUCAGGGCCUUAUUCCCCCAAAGGAGCAGGGAGGGGAGGUGACACGGGAGCACCUUGGACGUCUCUAUGUGUUUGCCCUCAUGUGGAGCGUCGGGGCUCUGCUGGAGCUGGAGGGCCGGAGGAAGCUGGAGACCUGGCUCAGGGGCCACAAGAAUAUCCGCCUCGACCUUCCCAGCAUCCCGGCGGGCAGCGAGGACACCAUGUUUGACUACCAUGUGACCUCUGAAGGCCAGUGGGUCCACUGGAACAUGCGUGUUGAGGAGUACAUCUAUCCCCCUGACAGCACUCCAGAGUAUGGCUCCAUUCUCGUUCCAAAUGUGGACAAUGUCAGGACCGACUUCCUCAUCCAGACAAUUGCCAAACAGGGCAAGGCUGUGCUGUUGAUCGGUGAACAGGGUACAGCUAAAACUGUUAUUAUUAAGGGAUACAUGUCAAAGUAUGAUCCGGAGUCUCACAUGGCCAAGAGUCUUAAUUUCUCUUCUGCAACCACCCCCCUGAUGUUCCAGCGUACUAUUGAGAGCUAUGUAGACAAGAGAAUGGGCACAACUUAUGGGCCUCCAGCAGGGAAGAAGAUGUCGAUCUUUAUUGAUGAUAUCAACAUGCCUGUUAUCAAUGAGUGGGGGGAUCAGGUGACAAAUGAAAUUGUCCGCCAAGUAAUGGAACAAAAUGGGUUUUAUAACCUGGAGAAGCCUGGGGAGUUCACUAAUAUAGUGGACAUCCAGUUUCUGGCUGCCAUGAUCCACCCUGGGGGAGGUCGCAAUGACAUUCCUCAAAGACUAAAGAGACAGUUCUCCAUCUUCAACUGCACCCUCCCCUCGAACUCCUCCAUUGACAAGAUUUUUGGAGUGAUUGGAGUUGGACACUAUUGCUCUCAUCGAGGCUUUUCAGAAGUAGUAAGAGGCACUGUAGCUAAGCUGGUGUCUUUGACACGCAAGCUGUGGCAGAUGACUAAAAUCAAAAUGCUCCCCACUCCAGCCAAAUUCCAUUACAUUUUCAACCUGAGGGACCUUUCCCGGAUUUGGCAAGGAAUGCUCAACACCACUUCUGAAGUUGUUAGUUCACAGGAUGUGGUUCUUCGGCUGUGGAAGCAUGAGUGUAAGCGAGUUAUUGCAGACCGUUUCACUGUUACUGAGGACGUGGCCUGGUUUGACAGAGCUCUGUCCAAGCUCAUGGAAGAGGAGCUGGGGGAGGAGGAUAAAGCUGUUGUCGAUCCUGCAGUAGAUGCCUAUUUUGUUGACUUCCUGAGAGAUGCACCAGAAGCUACUGGGGAAGAGCCUGAAGACGCAGAUUUUGAGAUGCCCAAAGUAUACGAACCCAUUGAGUCAUUUGAAAGCCUGAAGGAUCGCUUGAAUAUAUUCCUGGCUCAGUACAAUGAAAACAUCCGAGGAGCUGGAAUGGACAUGGUUUUCUUCCGGGACGCCAUGAUUCAUUUGGUGAAGGUGUCGCGGAUCAUCCGCACUCCCAGGGGAAAUGCGCUCCUCGUCGGGGUCGGUGGAUCUGGAAAGCAGAGCUUGACAAGACUAGCGUCUUUCAUCGCUGGCUACAGAACAUUUCAGAUCACUUUAACCAGAUCUUAUAACACCUCCAACCUGAUGGAGGACUUGAAAGUGUUAUAUAGGACAGCAGGUCAACAAGGCAAAGGCAUCAGCUUCAUCUUCACUGACAACGAGAUCAAGGAUGAGUCCUUCCUGGAGUACAUGAAUAAUGUUUUAUCAUCAGGAGAGGUAUCUAACCUGUUUGCACGCGAUGAAAUUGAUGAGAUCACUGGAGACCUCAUACCUAUCAUGAAAAAGGAAUUUCCAAGACGACCUCCAAGCAACGAGAAUCUAUAUGAGUACUUUAUGAGCCGGGUCCGUCAGAACCUUCAUGUGGUUCUGUGCUUUUCACCUGUAGGAGAGAAGUUCCGGAAUCGGGCUUUAAAAUUCCCUGCACUCAUUUCAGGCUGUACCAUGGAUUGGUUUAGUCGGUGGCCUAAAGAUGCUUUGAUUGCAGUGUCAGAGCACUUUCUGUCUACCUAUGACAUCGAUUGCACUGCCCAGGUGAAGGGAGAAGUGGUUCAGUGCAUGGGCUCCUUCCAGGAUGGUGUGGCCGAGAAAUGUGUGGAGUAUUUCCAGAGAUACCGACGCUCCACCCACGUCACUCCGAAGUCCUACCUGUCAUUCAUCCAGGGCUACAAAACCAUAUACAAAGAGAAACACUCAGAAGUGCAGACCUUAGCCAACAGAAUGAACACAGGCCUGCAGAAGCUGAAAGAGGCCUCUGAGUCUGUGGCUGCCCUCAGUAAGGAGCUGGAGGUGAAGGAAAAGGAACUACAAGUUGCCAAUGAGAAGGCAGACAUGGUGUUAAAAGAAGUUACAGUGAAGGCUCAGGCAGCUGAGAAAGUGAAGGUGGAAGUGCAGAAGGUGAAAGACAAGGCUCAGGCCAUUGUGGAUAGUAUCUUCGCUGACAAGGCCAUAGCCGAAGAGAAACUAGAAGCUGCCAAGCCAGCCCUGCAGGAGGCGGAGGCUGCUCUGCUGACCAUCAAGCCAUCUGACAUUGCGACAGUACGCACACUGGGAAGGCCCCCACACCUGAUCAUGCGCAUCAUGGACUGUGUGCUGCUGCUCUUCCAAAGGAGGGUUAACACUGUGAAGAUCGAUCCUGAGAAGAACUGCAUUAUUCCGUCCUGGCAGGAGUCACUCAAGCUCAUGACAGCAGGAAACUUCCUUGGAAGUCUACAGACAUUCCCCAAAGACACGAUUAAUGAAGAGGUGGUGGAGUUACUCCAUCCUUACUUUGAUCUGGCAGACUAUAACAUUGAAACAGCCAAGAGAGUCUGUGGGAAUGUGGCUGGCCUGUGCUCCUGGACUGAAGCUAUGGCUGCUUUCUUCUCCAUUAACAAGGAGGUGCUUCCUUUGAAGGCAAAUUUGGCAGUUCAGGAAAAUCGCCUUGCUAUAGCCAAUGCUGAUCUGCAGAAUGCACAAGCAGAGCUGGAUGCCAAGCAGGCCGAGCUAGAUGUUGUGCAAGCUGAGUAUGAGCAAGCAAUGAUGGAGAAACAGACCCUACUAGAGGAUGCAGACCGCUGCAGGCACAAAAUGCAAACAGCUUCAAGUUUAAUCAGUGGCCUUGCAGGAGAAAAAGCCAGGUGGACAGAGCAGAGCAAAGAGUUUGCUGCGCAGACCAAGCGGCUGGUUGGCGAUGUAUUGUUGGCUACUGCUUUCCUGUCAUACUCGGGUCCUUUCAAUCAAGAAUUCCGUAACUUGCUUUUAACCGACUGGCAGAAAGAAAUGAAGACGCGUCGAAUCCCUUUUGGAAACAACCUUAACCUCACUGAGAUGUUGAUCGAUGCACCGACUGUCAGUGAAUGGAACUUGCAAGGGCUGCCUAAUGAUGAUCUGUCCAUACAGAAUGGAAUUAUUGUCACUAAGGCUGCACGUUUUCCUUUGUUAAUUGACCCACAAACACAAGGCAAAAUAUGGAUCAAAAAUAAGGAAGCCAAGAAUGAACUGCAGAUAACUUCCCUCAACCAUAAGUACUUCAGGAAUCACCUGGAGGACAGCUUGUCCCUCGGCAGACCGAUGCUCAUUGAGGAUGUGGGAGAGGAGCUGGACCCCGCCCUGGACAACGUCCUGGAAAAAAAUUUCAUCAAAACAGGAUCGACAUACAAGGUAAAAGUAGGGGAUAAGGAAGUGGAUGUGAUGAGUGGUUUUCGACUUUAUGUCACAACUAAGUUACCCAACCCGGCGUACACCCCCGAGAUCAGCGCCCGCACAUCCAUCAUUGACUUUACUGUCACCAUGAAAGGACUGGAGGAUCAGCUUCUUGGCAGAGUCAUUCUUACUGAAAAACAGGAAUUGGAGAAAGAAAGAACAGACCUAAUGGAGGAUGUGACUUCAAACAAGCGCAAAAUGAAGGAGCUGGAGGACAACCUCCUCUUCCGUCUCACCAGCACCCAGGGGUCUCUGGUGGAUGACGAGAGUCUCAUCAUUGUUCUGAGCAACACGAAGAGGACGGCGGAGGAGGUUACACAGAAACUGCAGACUGCAGCCGAGACAGAGAUCCAAAUCAAUGCAGCUCGCGAGGAGUAUAGACCAGUUGCCACCAGGGGCAGCAUCUUGUAUUUCCUGAUCACAGAGAUGAGCAUGGUCAAUGUGAUGUACCAAACGUCCCUGCGCCAGUUCCUGGGGCUUUUUGACUUAUCUCUUGCCAGAUCAUCCAAAAGCCCAAUAACCAGCAAGAGGAUAGCUAACAUUAUUGAAUAUAUGACCUUCGAAGUACACAACUAUGCGGCACGGGGCCUAUAUGAAGAGCACAAAUUUCUUUUUACUCUGUUGUUGACUCUGAAGAUUGAUAUGCAAAGCAACAGAGUGAAACAUGAAGAGUUCCUCACCCUUAUCAAAGGUGGAGCUUCCUUAGAUCUGAAAGCUUGUCCUGCUAAGGCUGCCAAGUGGAUACUGGACAUGACCUGGCUGAAUCUGGUGGAGCUCAGUAAGCUUUGGCAGUUCUCUGAUAUUCUUGAUCAAAUUAGCAGAAAUGAAAAGCAAUGGAAAAACUGGUUUGAUAAAGAGGCCCCUGAAGAGGAAAGUAUCCCCAAUGCUUAUGACCAGGCUCUGGAUUGCUUCAGGCGACUUCUUUUGAUAAGGUCAUGGUGUCCUGACAGAACCAUCGCUCAGGCUCGCAAAUACAUAAUGGACUCCAUGGGACAGAAGUAUGCUGAGGGAGUUAUUCUGGACCUGGAAAACACCUGGGAGGAAUCAGGUCCUCGAAUCCCUCUGAUCUGCUUCUUGUCAAUGGGUUCCGAUCCCACAGAUUCCAUCAUUGCUCUGGGAAAGAGGCUGAAAAUAGAAACGCGCUAUGUGUCCAUGGGUCAAGGACAGGGAGUCCAUGCUCGAAAGCUGCUGCAGCAGACCAUGACCAAUGGUGGUUGGGCCCUUCUUCAGAAUUGUCACCUGGGACUUGAUUUCUUGGAUGAGCUGAUGGACACGAUCACUGAAACGGAGACAAUGCAUGAGACUUUUCGUCUAUGGAUGACCACUGAAGUCCAUAAGCAGUUCCCCAUUACUCUUCUACAGAUGUCAAUUAAGUUCACUAAUGAGCCACCUCAAGGACUAAAGGCUGGCCUCAAGAGAACAUACGGAGGCAUCAACCAGGACCUCUUGGAUGUCAGCAACAUGACUCAGUGGAAACCUAUGCUCUAUGCUGUGGCAUUCCUACAUUCCACUGUACAGGAGAGACGCAAGUUUGGACCACUGGGAUGGAACAUCCCAUAUGAGUUUAAUCAGGCAGAUUUUAACGCAACAGUGCAAUUUAUCCAAAACCACUUAGAUGACAUGGACAUAAAAAAGGGAGUAUCCUGGAACACAGUGCGCUAUAUGAUAGGAGAGAUCCAGUAUGGUGGCAGAGUGACUGAUGACUAUGAUAAGCGACUACUGAACACAUUUGCCAAAGUCUGGUUCAGUGAGAACAUGUUUGGAGCAGACUUCUUUUUCUACAAAGGCUAUAGUAUUCCCAAAUGUGUAAAUGUGGACCAGUAUCUUCAGUAUAUUCAGGGGUUACCCGUUUAUGACACUCCUGAGGUGUUUGGACUUCACCCCAAUGCUGACAUCACCUAUCAAAGCAAGCUGGCUAAAGAUGUGUUAGACACCAUCCUGAGCAUCCAGCCCAAAGACAGCUCCAGCGGGGGAGGGGAGACCAGAGAAGCCAUUGUGGGAAGACUGGCAGAUGACAUGCUGGAGAAGCUGCCACCAGACUAUGUCCCAUUUGAGGUGAGGGAAAGGCUUCAGAAGAUGGGCCCCUUGCAGCCGAUGAACAUCUUCCUGCGGCAGGAGAUUGACAGAAUGCAGAGGAUUAUCGUCCUGGUGCGAAACACUCUGACGGACCUUAAACUUGCCAUCGACGGGACCAUCAUCAUGAGCGAGAACCUUCGGGAUGCCUUAGACUGCAUGUAUGAUGCCAGAAUCCCAUCCCGCUGGAAAAAGGCAUCUUGGGCUUCCAGUACUCUGGGAUUCUGGUUUACAGAGCUGUUGGAAAGAAACCGUCAGUUCCAGUCCUGGAUUUUUGAGGGACGACCAAACUGCUUCUGGAUGACAGGGUUCUUUAACCCUCAAGGCUUUUUAACAGCAAUGAGACAGGAAAUCACCCGAGCAAACAAGGGCUGGGCUCUUGAUCGAAUGGUCCUGUGCAACGAGGUGACCAAAUGGAUGAAGGAUGACAUCACCCAGCCUCCCACUGAAGGUGUCUAUGUGUAUGGACUGUAUUUGGAGGGAGCAGGAUGGGACAGAAGGAACUGCAAACUCAUUGAAUCGAAACCUAAAGCGUUGUUUGAGAUGAUGCCUGUCAUCAGGAUCUAUGCAGAAAACAAUGGUUUAAAGGAUCCCCGCUUGUAUACUUGUCCAAUAUAUAAGAAGCCUGUGAGGACAGACCUGAAUUACAUUGCUGCUGUGGAGCUCCGAACAGUCCAGCCCCCAGAACACUGGAUCCUGCGUGGGGUUGCACUGCUGUGUGAUGUGAAGUAAAAGUUAUAAAGCUCUGUUCCUUUGUCUUACUUGCAAAGGACAUGCAGGCAAAUGUUAAAAUUCAACUACAAUGCAUAUUUGACUCUUUCUCCAUAAAACCAAAGUCUGUGGUAUGUUAAUUGCAUAAUGUACUUGUACAGUGUGUACUGUUUAUUUUAUAUAGAACAUGAAAGGAGUAAAAAAUCCAAGUAUAUUUUGAACUUGCCUACUGUAUUAAGUCUAUUUUACUGAAUACAACUUCAUUUGUACACCUUAAAAAAUAAACUUCCUUGUUUGGUUCAUGUCAAAUAAUCCUUCAGAUAUUUCUAAACAAAAUGUGCACGUUAAAGAUUUUAAAGCAUAUUCAGUAUGGUUAAGAUCAAGGAUAUUCUGGCAGUGGAAUGAGGUACUCAGUGCUGAUGUUUUUUCCACCCUGGAAUUUCUAACUUCCUAAGUCAAAUACUUAUGUGGUUGUGAUUUACCAUCUACAGAUUGUGGAUUUGUGACAGAUUUAAAAAUCUUUACAAAUAUUGCAGGAUCCCGCAAUAUAUGACUGCACUUUGUGACACCUGACACUGACACUGAGCUUAUUUAAAACCGCACAGAAACUUUUCAGACAAGAGGAGGCCACUCAUCCCCAUUUAACUGAUUUUGAGUUUUGGUAGUUAAGCACUCUAUAUUUCAUCCAACUGUUUCCUGAAAGAAGAGAUGGCAUUGGCUUUGACAGUGUGGAUGUACAGUAUGUUCAAAACUUCAACCAACCUUUUUAUAAAGAGAAAACCUCCUGUUCUUAGUUAUAAAUGGCCUCCCCUUUAGUUUCCACUUUUGACAUCUGGUUCAUGUUUUAUUGGUGGUUUUGGAAUCAUGUCUCUUGUAGUCUUCUCUGUUUGAGAAUAAAAAGAUUUAUUUUUUUAGUCUGUUGGACUACGAUGUAAAUUUUGGGCCCUGGAAUGUACCAUGCUGCUUUUUUUAUCUGGGCAGAUUCUAUGCAGCAAUAUUUUUUGGGGGGUGGCUGGCAACACAAUGAUGUAAAAUAGCUUAAAUGGCCUUGUACAUUUGCCUUUCUUCCUGUUUCCCCAUAAGUAUAACAUGAAAAUGUUGUCAACAUUAUAGCCUAAGGCUUUUUCAUAGAUACCUUCUUUGAAUUCAUUAUUUCCCAGUUCAUAUUUUAGGUUGCUUUUGUCCUUCCAAGUAACACUGUGCAUGUGUGUGCAUUUAAAUGUCAUCUGCCAGCAUAGUUUGAAAUUAUGCCAGAAUCUACAUCAUUGAUGUAAAUCAGGAAGAACAGUGGUCCCAAUACAGGUCCCUGUGGUUCUCUGCUAUUUGCAUCACAUUUAUUGGAACAUUCACUCCUUAUUCGAUCUCCAUUUCAACAUUAAUCUGUUAUACCCUGAUACAUACAGAAAUGGUGAAGCGGUCCAAGACAGGGGACAGUAUUCAAGCACAUGUUCAGUGAGUAAACUCAAGCCAAAAUUUCAUCCAGAAUGAAUAGGUGCAACUCAAAAGUCCAGGCAAGCCCUGGGUAAGGCACCAAGGGGAAAGUACGAAGAGGUAUGGAAACAUCAGGAGCACAACGGGCAGGCAAGCAUGGUUGGUACACAAGAAGGUACGUAACAGGAGAACACGCAGACUAGUACAGAAACCUAGACUGAGCACAGGAGGAUGAGAAGGUAGCUCCUAAAUACUGGAAGGAAUUUGAGUUUGAUAGGUGGUACUGAUAGCCAGCCAUACCGUGUUGUUAUGUUUACUAAUUGAAGAUUAGCGUUAUUAGAAGUAAUCUUGUGUGAUUAUUCAUGGUCUGAUGAAUGGGGGUAUGACUAGCUUAUUUCAAAUUAAUGUGUCAUUACAUGACUACUACCUGCAAUUAAUCUUUUAUGAGGCCCAUAUUGUUUGCUCUAUCCAUUUCUGCUGUUGCUUGAUAAAAGAACUCAGAGACAUUAAUCAAGACCAACCUUUUCAAAAUUCACAGUGACUGUCCCU